AUGUCACUGAGUCAAGAGUACGAGUCGUUAUUGAGGACUUAUCGGGAUAAGAUCGAACAUUCUAGUCUAAGACAGGAUACGACUGAGUAUCAAAGUUUAGUUACAAAGACUAUUGAAAAACUGUUAUCAUUGAAAAACUCCAUCUAUGGUGAUCUAGCUCUGUUUAGUAGUAAUGAAACUGUUGAUGACAUCUCCACCAAGUCGUUAAAACUGUUAUCAAUCGAUUUCUAUCUGGCGUUAUUGUUCUCCAGAAAGCAGAUGGUUCAAUUAAAUGAUCCUCUGGCAAGACAGAAGAUGAAGUUGAAGUUCCUGGAGAAAACUGUUCAGCUGUUCAUGCAAUUUCUAACCACACUACAAGAUUACGAAAUUCUGGAUCCAUUUCUAUCUAAAAAGAUUGAUUCGCUAGAGGAUACAUAUAACCCAUCAUUACAGGAACUAUAUCAACAACCUGCCCACGGUGAAGAUUUAUCAGGAGCUCAAAAGAGAAGACAGCAGAAAAUUGAGAUGUUUCGCCAGAGUAAAACUAUAAACGAAAAACUGGAGUUUAUUGAGUCCAAAUACAAAUCCAAUGAAAUUAGUAGUGAUGAUGAUGAACAAAUGAGAAAACUCUAUAUUAAAAGACUACAGAGCCAUAGUUAUCAGGCUUUCAAUGAGAUGGAACAGAUUCUAUAUGAACUGGAAUUAUUGAGAAAUUUCACCAAAUCAGGAGGAGAUCCCACAGCUCAACAGCUGGAGCCACCUUCGGAAAGGAAUUCAGAUAGCGGUAAAGAUUCCUCUGGUUAUACUGAGAAAUUGGAACUGCUGAAUAAACCACUCCUCUCAAAACAAGGUAAAGUGUUGAGAAAUUUUACCCUCGUAGAUAAAAGGACACAACUCCAAAAUAAGGUGCGCGGUUAUGGUCAAUAUGGACCAACAAUGUCUGUGGAAGAACUCCUACAGAAGGAAUUUGAAGAAAAUAGAGUUCUUCAAGGUGGUGAAGAAGCUACCAAUGAAAAUGUUAAUGAAGAUGACUUGAAUUGGCAGGACCAGGAAACCUAUAAAGCUCGCCAAUGGGAUGAAUUUAAGGAAAGUGUAGCAAGAGGUAGCGGGAACACUAUGAACAGAGGUUGA